AUGAACAUAGACACGACGUCUAUUUCGGGAUACACGAUCUAUCGGGAAGAGGACAAUGGUUCCUCAGCAAUAGAUCCAGUCCCUCUUCCGCUCAACGAGCUGGUCCAUCCUCUAGAUCAGCUGUCGAUUGAAGAAAUCUCACUCGCUGCUAAGAUUAUUCGCCAUUAUGCCAAUCCUAAGGCUAUCAGGUUUAAUUGCAUCACUCUUCGCGAGCCACCUAAGACUGAGUAUACUGCCUUCCGAGAUAACCAGAGCUCUCGCCCUGAGCGAAAGGCUUUCGCCAUCAUCUUGGAAAAUGGAACUUCGGUUGUAGCGGAAGUCAUUGCCAACCUAGCUACAGCCAAGGUAGAGGUUUGGAAGGUAGUGCAAGAUGUCUGUCCCACGCUCACGCUUGAAGACCUCGACGUGACCGAGCGCGUUUGUCGCAAUCACCCCGAAGUGGUGAAGGUGUGCCGCGAAAUCGGUAUUACAGACAUGUCGAAGGUCUUCAUCGACGCAUGGGCUAUUGGAUUUGAUGACCGGUGGGGCCGUGACAGACGUCUCCAGCAGGGCAUCUCAUACUACCGCAACUCUGCCCUAGACAAUCAGUAUGCUCAUCCUCUGGACUUCACCGUUGUGGUUGAUACUGAGAAAGAGGAGCUUCUGUCUGUGGACAUUCGCCGUGUCAAUGGUGAGCGUACCGCCGUGUCUCUCGCGGCGGACAAUUUCCUCCCGCAAUUUAUCCAGAACAGGUACAUCGGCGACAGACUGAAGCCGAUUGAUAUCACCCAGCCGGAAGGGGUGUCGUUCAGCCUCAACGGAAAUGAGAUCUCGUGGGCUGGAUUUCACAUGCACAUUGGUUUCAACUACCGAGAGGGCAUUGUCCUUUCCGACGUGCGUGUGGACGACCCUGAGGAAGGCCGCCAGCGAAACUUGUUCAACCGCAUUAGUGUUGUCGAGAUGGUCGUUCCUUACGGCGAACCAAGUUCGCCACACCAAAGGAAGCAUGCCUUUGAUGUUGGCGAAUAUGGCAGUGGCCUGAUGACAAAUCCCCUCCAAUUAGGAUGCGACUGCAAAGGCACCAUCCAUUACCUUGAUGCCGUCAUGGCGACGGCCCGUGGCGAGCCAGCGGUUGUGAAGAAUGCUAUCUGCAUACAUGAGGAGGACAACGGCCUUCUGUACAAGCAUACUGACUACCGUGACGGCACUGUGGUUUCGGCUCGUGACCGCAGACUGAUCAUUUCGCAGAUCAUCACGGCUGCCAACUAUGACUACUGCUUCUACCACAUCUUCACACUGGAUGGAACCUACAAGCUCGAGGUGAAGCUGACAGGGCAACUGAACACAAGCAGUAUGCAUCCCUCAGAGACAGCAGCGCCUUACGGCACGGAAGUCGCUCCACGCAUCAAUGCCCACAACCAUCAGCAUAUCUUUUCGCUUCGCGUCGACCCUGAAAUUGACGGGCCGAACAAUUCAGUGGUGCAGACAGAUGCUGUUGCGGCCGACGAGCCUGCUGGAUCUGCAGCAAAUCAAUAUGGCAAUGGAUUUCACGCCAAGAAGACGCUUCUUCGAACGGCAAAGGAGGGGGCCACGAGCUACUGCCAUGAAACGAGCCGGUCCUGGAACAUAAUCAAUCCCGCCGUCACGACCACUGCAUCCGGUGCCCCAGUUGGAUACAAAAUUAUAAACAGCAGUUGCCCAGCGAUUCUUGCCAGGCCUGGUAGCAGGGUGUGGAAACGUGCCGCUUUCGCGCGUGAGAGCUUGUUCGUUGUGCCAUACGAGGACUACGUGUUGUUCCCAGCUGGGGACUAUGUCUGUCAGAGCUCGGGUGAGUUGGGGCACCCACACAACAAGACUGUUCUUGACUGGGUGGAGCAAGACGGGUCGAUUGAGAACACCGACAUCGUCUGCUACAUCCAGUUUGGCUUGACGCACUUUCCCCGUUGCGAGGACUACCCCAUCAUGCCCUGCGAGCCGGUUGGUGUCAUGCUACGCGCCGCCAACUUCUUCAAGCGAAACCCGGUUUUGUGGGUGCCCCCGUCUUCCAUGGCCGUGGAUACCACCUCGCAGAUUGCCUUCUCCGAGCCGUCGAAGAAAAUCCCAGCGUGCCAUGCUGCCAAGCUCCCGCAUAGAUUGUGA